CCUGUACAUGUGCCCUCCAAGGGACAGCCCGGUACACUAAGCUCCUGCUAUGCGUGGGGUCGGGAGAAGGGCCGGACCUCAAGGGUCUAUUGAAUGGAAUUAAGAUUAUAGCUUCCUAUAUAUUUUGGAGAUUUACUGAUUAUUCUACAUGUAUCAGUGGCAUGCAGGUAUAGGAAUAUCAUUGAAAGAGCUUUAAGAGCCAGACUUGUUUAUUGGAGUCCACAUAUGAACAGAACAGUGAGCUUCGAGUACAUGAAUCUCCAAUUGGUGUGGAAUGAAUUUUCUGAUUGUCCAUCCAUUAGUAGAGUGUUGCAGACUUUAUAUGGUCAUUCCGAAGUGAGGAGAAUAUUGAUGACAAAUUAUCUGAGAAUCUAUGUCUGCAAUUUCUCUAUCAAUUAUCUGUUAGGAUAUUGGUCCUUAACCUUAUCAAAAAAGGGAAAGGGCCCUUAAAGAGCGUUGCUAUGCUUUUAGCUUUUUUACAUGCUUCCAAAGGGCUAAAAGAUCUUUUUUCCAGCUAGUGUCAUGCCUUGCUGGUGCCUGGUGGGUAUGGGGAUGAAGAUGGUGCUCCAAAAUUGGUCUUCUGCCGUUAAAAGUUAUAGUUACUAUAAUUGUUUCAUACGAGCGCAGCUGUUUAGCUAACAAUGCGAAUGGAGGUACAUUCUCAACUGUUCUAAUAUACAGGAAAUGCUGCUCUUGCUUCUUCCCCUUCUCAAUUCAACAUCUGUCAAGAAUUUUAUUCGUCCGUUCUCAAAGGACAAAUCUUCAGACUCUUCAGUGGAUGACACUUUGUGCCCAAUCUGCCAAGGAAAGCCAACAAUUCCAUUUUUAGCUAUCCCUUGUCAGCACAGCUACUGUUACUACUGUCUUCAAACACGUUGCUCCGCUGCUCCGUCUUUCCGGUGCCCCCAGUGUGGCGAAGCAGUUGCUGCGAUGCAACGACAUGGUGGUUUGGUCAACAACAUUAGUCAGAAACAAUAAUUGUUGUCCAAGGUGAAAUGAAAUGACGGGAAAGGCAAGCUUCAGUCAAACUAUGGAUCAAAAGUUGCCCAAAGAUAACAUAUUGAACUAGGAAUCAAGAUCCCUCGAUAAAGCAACUUGUUCUGCUUUAUUGAGUGCAUUCAUUUGUUAAAGUUUCUUGUCUCUUUCAAUGUGGCCUUUCUUUUUAAUCUCAUUUAUAUGCUUAUUUUAGAGAUUCUCUUAAAAGUUUGAUCAGUCACA